AUGCAAGGGCUUCUGGGAGCCGAGCCUCGGGGUCUCGGAGAAGGGGCGCAGGUGGCCGCCAUCUUGGAUUGCAAACUGGGUCGCUAGGCUUCACGCCAGGGGCGGAGUGGCGGCCCUUCUGUUACCCGCCACACACGUCGCCGCUGGGGACUGGGAAAUCAGGGCAUCGGAGAGUGCCACAUUAAUGGGUAAGUUGGAGUGAACACGGGCUAGGUUGGGGGAGCCUCGGGUUUCGUCCCUUUGGGAACUACUAGUUCUGGGGCCAUGGUUUUUAUUUACCCCUUCCUUUGCGAAGGUCUCUGGAACCUGGCGGUGCCGGGUGUUUCUCAUGUUUUCCCCAGGGCGACAGCGGUCGCGGGGGCGUGGCAGCCGGACCUUUCUCUUGCGGACGCGAAGGCGUGAUGCCAUGGCUAGUCCAGGGAAAGAUAACUAUAGAAUGAAAAGUUACAAGAAUAAAGCCCUAAAUCCUCAAGAGAUGCGUAGACGAAGAGAAGAAGAGGGAAUACAGCUUAGAAAACAAAAAAGGGAAGAACAGUUGUUCAAACGCAGAAAUGUCUCUUUGCCCAGAAAUGAUGAAUCUAUGCUUGAAAGUCCUAUACAGGAUCCAGAUAUUAGUUCUACUGUACCCAUUCCAGAGGAAGAAGUUGUUACUACGGAUAUGGUUCAGAUGAUUUUUUCUAAUAAUGCUGAUCAACAGCUAACAGCAACACAGAAAUUUAGAAAGCUGCUUUCUAAAGAACCUAAUCCACCAAUAGAUCAAGUUAUACAGAAACCAGGAGUUGUACAGAGAUUUGUGAAAUUUCUUGAAAGAAAUGAAAAUUGCACUUUACAAUUUGAAGCUGCAUGGGCAUUAACUAAUAUAGCAUCUGGAACUUUUCUGCAUACCAAGGUAGUGAUUGAAACUGGAGCUGUUCCAAUUUUUAUCAAACUUCUUAAUUCUGAACAUGAAGAUGUUCAAGAGCAGGCUGUUUGGGCACUUGGCAAUAUUGCUGGUGACAAUGCAGAAUGCAGAGAUUUUGUUUUGAAUUGUGAAAUACUUCCACCUCUUUUAGAGUUAUUAACAAAUUCAAACAGACUCACAACAACAAGAAAUGCUGUGUGGGCCCUCUCAAAUUUAUGUAGAGGCAAAAACCCUCCUCCAAACUUUAGUAAGGUUUCACCUUGCUUAAAUGUCCUGUCACGACUGUUGUUUAGCAGUGACCCAGAUGUGUUAGCAGACGUGUGUUGGGCCCUUUCUUAUCUCUCUGAUGGACCCAAUGAUAAAAUUCAAGCAGUCAUUGAUUCUGGAGUCUGUCGAAGAUUGGUGGAACUUUUGAUGCACAAUGAUUAUAAAGUUGUAUCACCUGCAUUAAGGGCAGUUGGUAAUAUUGUGACUGGUGAUGAUAUUCAAACACAGGUAAUUUUGAAUUGUUCUGCAUUACCCUGUCUCUUACAUUUAUUGAGUAGCCCAAAGGAGUCAAUUAGAAAAGAAGCCUGCUGGACUGUUUCUAACAUCACUGCUGGAAAUAGAGCUCAGAUUCAGGCUGUUAUAGAUGCAAAUAUUUUUCCUGUUUUGAUUGAGAUUCUUCAGAAAGCAGAGUUUCGUACCAGAAAAGAAGCAGCUUGGGCUAUAACUAAUGCAACAUCAGGAGGUACUCCAGAGCAAAUAAGGUAUUUGGUAGCCUUAGGCUGCAUUAAACCACUUUGUGAUCUUUUGACUGUUAUGGACUCCAAAAUAGUCCAAGUGGCUUUAAAUGGACUUGAAAAUAUUUUACGUCUUGGAGAACAAGAAUCUAAGCAGAAUGGAAUAGGCGUUAAUCCAUACUGUGCUCUCAUUGAAGAAGCAUAUGGUCUGGAUAAAAUUGAGUUUUUGCAAAGCCAUGAAAAUCAGGAAAUUUACCAGAAGGCAUUUGAUCUGAUUGAACAUUACUUUGGUGUAGAAGAUGAUGACCCCAGCAUUGUACCUCAGGUGGAUGAAAACCAACAACAGUUUAUAUUUCAGCAGCAGGAAGCACCAAUGGAUGGAUUUCAACUUUAACGUACUGGAGGAAAAAAAAUUUAUGGCUAAAAAGGGUAGCUUCAGGUAACUCCGCUUUGUUGCCAGCAUCAGUAAGAAUGUUUCUUUUCUUUACAUAGAACAGAAAAGAGAAUUUGGUGCACUUUUAGAAAGCAAAAUGAAACAAAAAUUUUCAUUCAGAUGCAACCUUUCAUUGUAGUUUGUUGUUUUAGUUUUGUUGUUGUUGUGCCUAUAUUUAUAUCUUCUAUUGUUUGGAUUUUUGUAUCUAUUUGUGAAUAAUUGAAUAUGCAAUUAUUUAGUAAUUUAAGCUUGAAAAGGAGAACUUUGGUGAAGUAUUACUUAGUAAUUCUGAAUUUUUUCAAGCAUUCUUGGAAACUGCACAUUAGCAGUAAACCUAUUGAUAAUUGCAUUUUGGCAGUAAGUCUUACAUACCCAAUCUCUACUAAAUCUACCUCUAUCUUGAAGCAGAAAUAAAAACAAAAAAGCUUCAGAAGCAUGAAAUAAUGCAAAUGCUAAAUUAGAAUGUGAAAGUAUUUAUUACCUUAAAUUAUAUAUAUCACUGUGCUGUAGGUUAUACUUUGCAAAAAAUUGCAACAGAAAACCUAUAAAAUUUAUUUAUAAAACAGAAGAAAUAUUGUACUGAUAAUCCAUUCAAAUGUGGCAAUUGUGAAGAGAGAAGCUGUUCUUCAUGUUGAACACAUAAAAAGAUUACAAAACAUUUAAAUAUUUCUGUUUUUAACAUAUAAGUGCUACGUAUAUUAGUAUAUUUUAUAUUUCAACCAAAUAUGCUACCAUUUUUGAAACAGUGUUUGUUUUUCACUCAUUGUUUUAAAGAGCAUCAUGAAAGAGAUGUCAUCAUGAAUCUAAAGUAGUGCUGCAUAUCUAAAAUAAUAACUAAUUAUUUCUCUGAUUUUUCAGAGCAGUAAUUGAAAAGUUUCAUUUUUUAUAUAAUAGUAAGUUUAGGUACUUGAAUGACAAAAUUAUCCUGAAGAAAUAACCUUAUUGUGUGUUAAAUUUUAUUAAAUGCAUUUAACAUUUGGAUGCUAAAUGAUGAUGAUAAUGAAAAUUGCUAGAUUCUUUAAUAUGGUUCAAAUCUAUGAUAAACUUUUUUCUUUUAGUAAUACUGAGAGGGCCAUACUGCUGCUUGUUAUGAAUCAUAGAUUACAUUCAUGUCAGAUUGGUCAAUAUGUAUGUUUUAUGAUUUAACAGCAAAAACCUCUUCAAACUGUAAAUUUAAAAGAAAGGUUUCAAUAGAAAAAUUAUAUAUAUAUUUAUUUAUACAUAUAUAUGUGUGUUCGUUACUCUCACAGUUCAACUACUGUUGAACUCAAUCUUUUAAUUUAUAGUUAUACAUAGGCUAUUUGCGUGUCCAAUUAUAUACCUAGAACGCUUACUUAAAACUUAGUUUACAACUCUUUUUAAGAUGAGAACUAAGGCAAUUUUGAUAUGAUUCAUGGUCUGUUCUUUAAAGAAAGAUUUCAUUUAUGAUAGUAUUUGUAAUGUUUCUGCUGGAAAUCAGAGGCACGUUCCAAGAGGAAAAUGUAUAUAGGAGUACUUUUAAAGAAUAUAUCACUUUGUAAAUUACAUAUCAUGAAACUAAACUUUUGACAAGACACUUAAAACCUACAGGUGUAAAAUACAGGUUUAAAUGGUGUUCGUAAUGCUGACUGCAUCUGCCAGCCCUUUUUUAUUAUUAAGUAGAAGAUUGUAUCUGUGCCCCUUUUUUCAUAGUGGAAGGUAUAUAGUUGAGUAUAAAAUGGUUUCCUUUUGCAUUAUCUGUAUUAAAAAAACAGGGUAGUUAUAUUAAAGCUUACCAAAUUGAUGAUGAAUUUAUCAGAUAAACAUUUUUGUGGUGCAGAUGGUUCUAAGUAUCAGGUGACAGGGUGUUCUACUCUUUCUAGUCAAUUAAAAUUGAUAAUGCAGCAUGAUUCAUAAACUGACCAGCUGUGCCUCCUUUUAUUUUGAGGACCCUGUAGUCACUAUAAUAAAUUUCUAAGCCAAAUUUUUCAAACAAAAUAGUUCUUAUGGAAGGAAAAAUAAUAUAUAUGUGUGUGUUCAUGCAUACACACAGAAUGACCUAUGAAAGGGAACUUAAAUUUUGCCGGUAAAACAAACAUAUCUCUACAGACUCUGAUUAUACUUUGUAAGCAUUUAAAUACAGUUAUAUUUAUUUCCUUGAAUAUAUUACUUGGGUAAUUAAUUUUAUAUUUGAUUGCAAAGAGCACUAUAUAGCAGUUGGGACCAGCUCUUGACUUGGCUUGACUUGGCUUAUUGUUAUGAGUUUAUUGGAUCAAGACUAACAAAUACUUUGUUAUUAAAAUUCUUCAAAAAUAUAGCUACUCUUUUCAAGUAUACCAUUUAAAAUAUUUCAUCAGGCAGAGCCCUGACCAGGAAAAAAGAAAAAAGAAAGAAAGAAAGACAGAAAAGAAAAAAAAUAAAAUGCUCCAAAAUGUAUUUUCUUUAGUCUUCACUGGCCCUUGUGGGGGGAAAAAUACUUUUUUAACUUGCUUUUCUAAGAUUUGUUAUAUUUAUAUCCAAGAUAAACUAUGCCAAAAAAAGUGUUAUAAAGAGGAAUGCAUGUAGCAUUAAUGCAAAUAUCAAGAAAAUACUUGAAAGAGUCCUUUUCAUUUAUUUAAUUAAAUUUGGUGUUUUAUUUUUGUCUGAAUCUGAAUUUCUCCUGUUUAAUCUAUGCAAUUAUGCUUGUUUUAUAUUUAUAAGCACUUGACUGGUGUGGUCUUUUUACUAUGUUUUAUUUCAAAACGUUGUUUUGAGUGAUAGUGUUCUUAAAUUUUAGUGUCAUUUGUUCAACUUACUGGUAACACCAGAACAAGAAAGCAAAAAAAUAAUAAAUUCUGCUGGCACGGAACUGACAUAUCAUUUGGUAACUUUAAAACCUAUUUGCAGUUAAAGGUUGAUUUAUUGGAUAAAGGACUAAAAGAAGCAUAUAUUACCUUUGCCUUUAUAUUUUUUUUCUUCUUUUAAGACGGAGCAUUAUGGAAAAAUAAAUAUAAAAAAGUCUUAGUGAAUUUUUGUUGCGGUUCUCAAUUCAGCAAUCUACUGGCUGCUUGUGAAACUGUGAAAUCAAACUGUUCUUAACCUUUAUUCACUACAUGGUUUUAUGAAAUGUGACAUUUUAGGAGCCAAUAUAAUAGAGCUCUAAAAGGAUAGUGUAUCUUUAAAUUCUGACUGGGGAGUAAGAAGAGAAGAUAUUCUUACCCUACUAAAUAAACCAACUUUUGAGCAGUAUGCAAUAUUAUGAAAUGUUACAACACUGUAUUAACAAAUAAUAAAAUAUUUUAAAAUUGCA